UGAAUUAAUUCUGCAGUGCAGAUGAGAACUGAGUAGUCAAUGUACGAUACAGUGUGCAAUAUAGGUAACAGUCUUCAUAGGUCUUCUUAAUAACAUGUAAUUGGUGGUCAACAUGCUUUGUCACAAACCACUCUUUCUGCAAUGAAACCUACACAUGCUCUGAAUUCUAAGAUUCUGCUCACCUUGGUAUACAGAAGAUUAAUGCAUUAAGUUAAAUGGAUUUUAUUUGAUUUCCACCUUGGUGUGUAAUUGUUACCUUUCCCCGCCCUCUUCUCUUUGCAAAACUUUUUUAUUUUUAUUUUUAAACUUUCCUCUUAAGAGCUGCCUAGAGUCCCUGGAAAAUUGCCACUCCACUGGUACAGUGACGAACCAACAUCCAAGGGUUCAUUAUACUUUCAGAGUGAAUGGGCAGCCUACAAGUCAGAGCCGAGGGCUUUAUAGCCCUGGAAUAGUCUGGAGGACACACUGCUCUUCUGAGAUAAGCUGCAAUGAAGUCACUUCAUCUCGCUUUUUUCCUCCUGUUCCUAAAAGCAAAGACAGCAAAGAAGUUUGAGUUGUGUGAAUUGUAUUACAAACUGAGGGUCCUUGGACUGGAUGGCUAUCAUGGUUAUGAAGCAAAAGAAUUCUGCUGCUUCCCCACCAGUGGUUUGUUUGGCUCAGUUCCCAGCUGAUGCUAACACUCAGUAUUAUGCUGUUGAUCAUCGUGAUGUUCCUUACUAUGGAAUAUUCCAGCUGAGUGGCCAUGAAUGGUGUAAUAACGGGAGGCAUACCACAAAGAACAAAUGCAAAACUUCCUGUAACAAUUUCCUAGAUGAUGAUAUCAGAGAUGAUGCCCAGUGUCUUAAGAAAGCUCUCAUAGAGCAUGGCUUAAAAUACUGGAAACAUUACAGGAAAAACUGCACCUAUGCAGCUCUCAGGUUAUAUUCUUUCCACUGCAGUUAUUACUUCGAAAAUGAUAACUGGUACAAAAAAUUGCUAUCCAAAGGCAAAGGAAGAAGGAACUCCUUAACCGUACAUAUACAUUUUCCUAGGAAUUAGCAAAUGAGUGUUCAUUUGCAUUCUUAUGUGCUUCAAAAUGCUUCCCAAAGAUGAAUGCAUCACACAUGACUCUUUCAAAGAUAAAUGGAUUCCUUUAUUAAUUACAUCAACAAUGUAUCAGAAUAUAAUCAAAAUUUUCAACAUCUCAUCCAAGAUCCUAGUUAAGUGCAUUAAUAUGUAGUCAGGUUGAUAUGAACUGAAAUGAAAGCUGAAUGGAUGGACUUAUUGUUGCAUUUUGAUUGAGUUGGAUUUUUUUUUAAUUAAAAAAAACUCUUCCAAAAUGUAAUAAGCACAGUCCACCCUCAGUAUCCACAGACAUGCCAUCCACGGAUUCAAGCUUCCGUGGACAGCAAGCCUGCAAUGAGGCAGCGGCAGGGGAGAAGGAAGAGGCAGGAGGAGGAAGAAGCAGGAGGAGGAAGAAGAAACAGGAA